AUGUCGACGUCUGCGUAUCAGACCAGUGCUCGGCCCCGAGGUAGGCCGGGGAGCUUCAGCGAUACUUCAGAGAAGCAGACUCGGAGUCGAGCCUCGAGUUCAGCUUCUGCAAAACUAUCCAAGACGUUGUCGAGGACUCUUGAAGAGGUCUCGAUCCCAAGACACAGCCGUUCGAAUUCACCGGCUAUAUAUUUCCACCGGCCAAGGACGCUCGACUCAAAGUGGCCGGAUCCUGGCGUGGCUUCAUCUAGAUAUUCGGCCGUCUCAUUGAGAUCCGACAAGAGUAUCUCGUCGAGGAUGGAGGAUGACCCGGUUCAUGCCCCGAGUUCGCCGACUAAGGUGAAACCACAUAUCAUCCAAAGGCCCCAUGACAUACCGAAUACUUCUAUAGCAGACGCCCAUCCUCUAUCAUCUACGAAACCCUCGAUGACCGCCGUCCCGGAGGCAGGAGAGCUUAUCGGAUCCUUCACAAGAAAUGCGGAGCUUCUGCAAACUUCGCAAGGUCUCGGUCCCAAAAGCCAGUCGUCGAGAUCGCUUGCUGCGAUGCAGCCAACAGUUUCGGAAGGGCCUCAGGACAUCACUCCCAUCCAGAAGACAUCGUCGUCCCCCAAAAUUUCCAUGUCAUCUCCCUACCCUACUGACGUUUCAGAGCCAUCGAAGAAAGGGUCGAAGUCGUCACUGCGCGAAGAAAUGGCCCUCGCAUCCCCAAGAACGUCAAAGUCUUCUUUGCACGAAACCACAGUUAGACCCAUGGGUACAACGUCAGCAGUACCCUGUGCUCAUGACCCACUGGUUGCCCCAACUCCGCAGGGCCCGGUAGUUUUCAUUCAACCUACGUAUGGCCAACAUCUCGUGGAAUCGGGAGAGGGAGACAUGCCUUUCAUGCCGAGCCCUACGUUGGCAACUGAGGGAGCCUAUCUUCAUGGGUACCCGCCUCAUGGUCGCUCGCCCCUAGCAUCGCCUCCUCUAUCACCAUUUCUCCAGCAACCUGCCGCUAGUCCGCCUCCACAGGGUGUUCCAUUCCCGCCGCCCUUUCCAUAUCACUAUCCUCAUCCGUUCGUAGCUAACCCUAAUCUGCAACUCGCAUUCUAUCCGCCGCAUUUCACUUCCCCUGCUCCGCCAUUUCCCCAUCCAGAUACUGUAUCUCGAUCUGGCUCUGCAGGUCCAGAUGAUGAGCGGACAAAACUGCUUGAAAAAGUCUCAAGCGUCCUGCCGGAUAUCAAUCGCUUGCUGCACUACUAUCAAGAAAGUCAAGGGCUUCUAUCUGAGAAAGAUCUUCUCGUUAAACAAGCCGAAUCACAACAUAACGAAGAGGUUGCGAAGCUGAGAAUUGAACUGAGCGUGUCCAAAGAAGAAUAUGAGCGCAUCAUUGGGGAGCAGGCUCGGGAAAAUCUAAAGCUGAAGAACGAGAUGACUGAGCAGGCUGAGAGUCUUGAGGCUUCUUCUCGGGAGCUCGCUAGAGCGAACGAGGAGAUUGCUAGACUGACGCUAAAAUGCGAGUCCUUGCAGAAUGAGGCCGAGAACAGUCGGGCCACGAAUGAGCAGCUGAAUGCACAAAAGAUCGACCUGGAGGACCGGGUCGAAGCCGUGAAAGAGCAGCUUACUGACGAACGGACGGAGCAUGAACGCGCUCAGGCAGACUUGAUCCAAGCUCAUGAGCAGCAAAUGGCGGAAAGAGAGGAUGCUCAUACCAAGUUACUAAAUGAACACAAGACUGGGCUUUCCAAACUUCAGCUUGAUCUAGCAGGAAUGAUAACGAAGCAUACACAACAGAGGAGAGAUCUGGAAUCCGCGCGAGCAGUCAUCUCCGAGCACGAACAUUCCUUGGCUGCGAAAUCCAAGGAGCUAAUUGAUUCUGCACAAGCUCACAAAAACGAACUGGACGCGAAGAGAAAGGCGGUGGAGGAGAUUGCAGAGCAACACAAGCAAGAGAUUGCAGCUUUGUCACAAAAGCUAGCUCAGACGGUGGGAAAGCACAAAGACGAGGUUACUGCCCUGCGGGAAGGUCAUCAAAGAGAGUUUGGACAAAUACGAAAGGCGGCCGAAGGACGAUUAUCAGAGAUGAUCACCACGCACAAGCAACGUGAAGCGCAGCUCCAGGCUGAGUUGAAUACCUUCCGAUCUACGGUCGAAGAGCUUAAGGAAGAUCUCGAACAGCAGCGCAUCGCCAAUGACAGCUUGAGGAGUGAGCUUUCAACGGCACAGAAAGCUCAUCAGACGCUUCAAACCUCGCAUAACAUGACCAACCAGCACCACGCAGAAUUGGCGGAAUCUAUAAUCUGUUUGAGAGACAAGCAGGCUCAAUGGCAACGAGAAAGUGAGCGAAUGGAGCGUAUUCUUCAAAGUUUGGGGGUUAUAAGUGCCGGUAAAGAAAAGAGUGACGAAUUCUUUAAAAGUGCUUUCAAAUCGCUAGCACUGUUGGUGGAAAAAGUUUCAGAGCAAUUCUUUCAGGACCAACCUUGUUUGACUUAUGCACUGGCACGAACGGUCCAAUUGAGCAAUCUUCCUGAUAUGACAGGCACCACAACGACGGCUCGGGGACUUCGUUCCCUUCUCAUCCAGAGUCAGAUAUUCAGCGUGCUACAUCAGAGGAUCUUCCAACCAUUCUUGUUCACAUCAUCGUAUGACGAGUGCGAUGGGUCCGGCUUGGAUAUGUGCUUGGCUAGGGUAUCGAAGAUGAUCAGUGCAAAGAGCGUCCACCGAGAAGCAAUAUGGAGGGCAAUCACAAUGCGGGCUCUCUAUACCAGUCCCUUUGGUCGCAGGGCGGCCAGCACAGUCGCCACAUCCGCCAGCAAGGAGAUCGUCGACAAGUUACAAUCUAUGACACUGGUCGAGCAUGUUCCAGCGUUAAUUGAGGCAGUCCGGUCGAUUGCCAAGGCAGCAGUUCAGCUGUGGCGGCAAGUGCGGGUCGAAUGGGCGGCUGUGAGAUGCAGCAUGCCUCCACGAGUUCUCAAGAUGGAGGGAACAUCGAGUCUAACUGAUGUCACGCUUGGGAUCCGACCGCAUAUCUUCAGGGAAGGAGUCAGGACUGUCGACGAUGAUGGGUCGAACACUGGUCCACUGAAGAGUCCGCCGACGACAGGUUGCAUCUACCUUCAGGGGACUGCAUUGUGUCAUGACUCGCCCCUGGUCAUUGCAAGGCGUCAGGAGCUGAUGGCAGGCGUUGACGGGCGAGAAUAA